AUGAUCAUCUCGGACCAGGAAAUGACCUUGGGAGUCUUCCUUAGGGACUUGCCUCGAGAAUUCAACAACCGCUACACAUCAGAAACAGACUCGCUUCUCCGCUCUCGCCUCUUUCGUGCUCUCGUCGGCGACGACGAGUCCAAGCUCACUCUUCUAUUCCCCAAUGGCGUGCCAGAAGAAGGCCAGUGGGUACUACGCGAUGCCCAAGGUGCCGUAGAUGGUGCAGAAUACACAGCGGCGGCANAAGGCCAUCCAUGCGGUCACAUAUUCAAGGCCGGCGAGUCAACAUACCACUGCAAGACAUGCGCUGCCGAUGAUACAUGCGUUCUUUGCGCAAGAUGCUUCGCCGAGUCCGAUCACGAGGGCCACAUGGUCUAUAUCAGUGUCUCCCCGGGUAACAGUGGUUGCUGCGAUUGCGCCGACGACGAAGCUUGGGUUCGUCCAGUCCACUGCACCAUUCACAGCGCCGACGAUGCGCCUGGCUUAAAGGCCGCUGGAAAGACGAGUCAAACGCCGACCUUGUCUGAUGAACUGCUCAUACCCGUUCGUAUGACGAUCGCGAAAGCCUUCGAUUACAUGUGCGAUGUCUUCUCCUGCUCGCCAGAGCAACUACGCCUGCAAAAGACUGAGGAUACUGUUCGAAGAGACGAGCUGCUGUCACGUCUCACGUCUCAACUUUACGGCGGAGCCGAGGUCGAUGAGUCGGAUGAAGAGUAUGCUUUAGUCUUGUGGAACGACGAAAAGCACACUGUCACCGACGUCCAAAACCAAGUAGCGAAAGCUUGCAGAAAAUCAAAGAGUUUUGGUUUGCAGAAAGCCAUGGAGGUCAAUGACAACGGCAGGAGCAUCAUACAUUACUCGCACGACCUUGCCGAACUCCUUCGUAUGGCUGCAAUUAUAGAACAGCUCAAGGUUACUGUUACUGUCCGAUCUGCCAGAGAUACCUUUCGCGAGCAAAUGUGCAGCUCCAUUGUUGACUGGAUUUCGGAUAUAUCAGGUUGCUCAAUGGCAUCGGACCCUCAUGUCCUUCGCAAUACGAUUUGUGAGGAGCUGCUGCAUCCCUGGCGAAUGGGAAGCGAAGCCACAAACGCUUCUAUAGGAGAGGGUGGUAUUGACGAUCACGAGCACGAAGAGAACCUUAGAGUCAAGCCCAGCCGACCCACCCGCCCUGCUCGCUAUUGGCUCGAAACUCCGGAAGAAUACAGAUCACAAUCAGCCUCUACCCCAGCGGAAGAUCUUUGGCAAAGAGUGCGUCUCGACUAUCUCAUAUUGUACGAUUUGAGGAUGUGGAAGACCCUUCGUAUCGACCUUCGCCAUCUCUACAUCAGUACUGUUGUCACUGUGCCUCAGUUCAAGCGUAUACUAGGACUGAGAUUUGCUGGCCUCUACACCAUGUUGGCUCAGCUCUAUCUUAUCGCUGACCGCGAGCCGGAUCAUUCCAUCAUCAAUUUGUCUGUACAAAUGCUUACGACUCCUUCCAUCACAGCAGAAGUUGUGGAAAGAGGCAAUUUCCUCACUAAUCUUCUUGCCAUUCUCUACACAUUCCUCACCACUCGUCAAGUUGGGUUCCCAAAGGAUGUGAAUCCAAACGCGACCCUUGCGUUCGAUGCAGGUGCUGUCACCAACAGACGCAUGUUCCACUUCUUCCUCGAUACACGUUACAUGUUCCAAUCUGCCUUUGUACAAGAAAAGGUCCGAAACGAACCCCGAUACCUGAUGCAGUUCCUGGACCUUGUCAAACUUCAUCAGGGCAUUUGUCCAAACGUUCGAGCAGUGGGCGAGCACGUGGAAUAUGAAGCAGAUGCGUGGAUCAGCGCUACGUUGAUCAUCAAGGAGAUCAACAGGCUUUGUCGUCAAGUUGCCGAAGCUUUCAGAUGGUCCGAUGAUGAAGACACAACUCCAGUACAGAGAGCCAUCAGAUAUGCUGCGCAAGCCACUUUCAUAAAUGCCUUUGGCCUCGAGCGCAACAGAUUCCCGAGUGCUGAAAUCAAGGAAGCCCAGACUUUCCUGCGUCUACUUAACAAGAAGAGACCAAAACACAUCGAAGCGAUUGGCCGCGAGGCGACAUGCCGCAAUGAAAGUCUCGUGCUGUGCGGGAACUCGGAUGAAUCACUGGGCGAACGAUUUUUGGCCCAGAUUGUUGACAGAUUCGAUCUGUCUGGUUUUGUCAAUGGUGUCUUUGAUCUUUACCCAGGUUAUGAUGAGCAACAAAGGCUUGAUGUCACCGAAGAAUUCUUCCACCUACUCAUCAUCCUGCUCAGCGAAAGACAGAAUCUUNUGCCUGGCCAGGACAAGCCAAGCCAACAUGUCAAGCCUUUGCAGCGUGACAUUGCACACGUCCUCUGCUUCAAGCCUUUGUCAUUCUCAGACAUUUCCAACCGUCUGACUGACAGAGUAGCGGACUCGGAAGAGUUCGACGCAAUACUUGAGAGCAUGACGAAUUUCCGUGCGCCUGAAGGGUUGAACGACUCAGGCACAUUCGAGUUGCAUCCUCGUUUCAUCGAACUCAUUGACCCAUACUACGCCUACUACAAUCGCAACCAGCGCGAAGAAGCCGAGACCGUUUACAGAGAGUACAUGGCCAAGAAAGUCAACAAGAGUGCUGCAGACAUUGUUUAUGAGCCUCAGCUCCAGCCCAUCAGCUCCGGACUGUUCAGAACCCUUGGUGCAUUCACACAAACCACACUCUUCAGUGAGAUCAUAUAUUGGGGUCUCGAAUUCUGCUUGCGUCAUGACGAGGCAAUCGACAACGCACAAAUCACCAGGAUCGAGACAAUGCUGCAUGUCAUUCUCCAUCUUACACUCCUGGCCGUAAUCGAAGACGCGACUCCACAUGGGCCGAAGCCGAUGGCGGCAGAAGAUAGCUUCGUUAGAUUGGCUCUAGCUGUCUCACACAGUGAGGAGAGCGCAGAAAAGACCAUUGUUGACCCUCUUUUCCGCUUGUCAAAGGUCAAGGCAUUCGCAUCUUGUACACCCAAGGUUCUGCAUAUUCUCAACAGAAUGUCUGAGAAGUGGCCAGAAGAGUUUGCCUCCGCCAAAUCAAGGCUGUCACCUGACAGUAAAGAAGAGAGCUCGGAGUCCGCACCUAGUCUAUCUGAGGACAAGGAGGCCAAANAGAAGGCUGCGCUUGAACGCCAGGCACGAGUUAUGGCACAAUUCAAAGCACAGCAAACAUCAUUCAUGGAAAACCAAGGCCUUGAUUGGGAAGCAGAUGACUAUAGUGAUAUGGACCAAGAUGACGAGAAAGAUAAGACUGUCGAGACUAGGGUCUGCCCCUUCCCCAAGGAGCCCUGUAUCCUGUGCCAAGAAGAUACCGAUGAUAGUAGGAUUUACGGCACAUUUGCUUUCAUCGCGCCGAGCAGAAUACUCAGACAAACGCCUCUGGAUGACAAAGACUUCGUGAGAGAAGUUUUGGACACACCAGAAAGCCUUGAUCAGUCUGCGGAUUCCAUCAGGCCUUUCGGCGUCGCCAAAUUCGCAACAGAGACGAUCGAGAAGGUUAACACUGAUGGCUCUAAAGGCACACAGGAGAAACGAGGUCUCGGANAAGGCUUCCCGCACAACAGUGCCUUCCAAGGUCCUGUCCUCAACAGCUGCGGCCAUAUUAUGCACUUUGGUUGUUUUGAAGCAUACCUGGCAGCGACUAAGAGAAGACAUACACAGCAUAUCUCACGCAACCAUCCAGAGCGACCCGACACGGUCGAGUUCAUCUGUCCUCUCUGUAAAGCACUUGGGAACACUUUUCUGCCAAUCAUCUGGAAGGAGAAGCACUACAAUCCGUCGUCUACUCUUGACCAGCAGCAGAAGACCUUCAAUCAAUGGAUUCUCGAUCAAGAAGCACACCGAAACACCGACGAAAUAGGCCAAUUGCCUUCAAGUGUCUCUGUUCGAGAGGCUCACAUGGAAUAUAUGCAGAAAGCCUUAGUCACUACGCUAGCAUCUUCUUUCCCGCAAGCUUCUUCUUCGCAUGCCAUGGAAGCUCGUUCGAUGGACCCGGAUUCAGAUACGCAGAGCUCUGAAGAAGAGUCGAGAUCGAUUCUGCCAGAAAUGGUUCGUAGAGUGGCGGACCAGUUCGAGCUCAACGCAACUGGUCUGCCUGGGCUAGAAACGCUAGUCAACUUGACACCAAGGUUGGAGACUUUGACCAACUUAGCUAGCAGAUUCGAUACUCGGAACCGACCUGCGACGCCAUCUGCAGAGCUCAAGAGAGCAUACAAUCGCAUCGAAGAGAGCUUGAGCCCGAUCGGUGCUUUGAAACCCAACACUAUUGGACUCGAGCCUGGAACACAGUCUUCAACGAUCCGCCUAGCCGAAACCCUUUGCAAUACCUUGGCCUUCACUGUUUCAAGCAUUGAAAUCUCGUAUCGAGGAGUCGCAAGUCCUAUGGAUGGUGAAACUGGCACUUUCCUUGACACGAUCUCAGAACAGAGUAUGAAGACCUUGCGCAUCCUUUCGGAGACUGUUCGCACUGCGACUGCUACCGCUGCCGUUAAGGCCGGCAUGCCCGAGUAUUUUAGAGAAAGCAGAGUACACAACUCAUGGGCUAGCCAGCUCAAGAAGGUCUUUGGCCAUGCAUCUGGUGAAGAUUCAGCACUUGCCUAUGCUUCAUUGCUCGGCCACGACUUGUUCACCUUCUUCGCGAAUUGCGCUAUCAACGAGGUGCCCAUGGGUGAGAACAUGCAUCACAUUCUCAGACUCUGCUACUCUGCAGAGCUGAUCAAAGUGAUCGUCACGUUCCUUUACCGCAACUCGAUCCUAGAUGCUCAGAAUGAUUCUUCAUCGGAUAGCUGGGAUCUAUCAGGAGUCAAGCUGUUCCAGACUUGGUGCAAGGAACACGAUGCUAUCAAAUUUAGCCCACACAUCUCAGGAUCACGUCUCUCCCAGCAAGAGUUCUGGGAUCUGAAUUGGGACGUACCCGCUCUGGGCAAGUUGAUCGAUGCAUACGCUCUCACAUUCCUCAGAAAAGCUUUGCUCCUGACUCAUGUUCAUUUCGGCGUUGAUUUCACAAACUCUCAUGGGGACCCAGAGUUAUCAGAGCUGCAACGCCUGAGCAAGAUCCUUCGCCUCCNNCCCUCGCCCCAAGAGGUAGUAGAGCAGCUAGGUACUGAUGAAGGAUUCCAGACGAUUGCUGCGCGAUGGAUCAAUAGCGUCCUCGUCAGCACUGCUGGAAAAGAAAGAUUGCGAACAGACGCACAAUAUCUCGGCCAUCCAGCGAUAUUCGAGCUCGUUGGCUUGCCGAAGCACUAUGAUACUUUGACAGAAGAAGCUAUCAAACGACGUUGUCCCACGACUGGCAAGGAAGUGACGGAUCCAGCCAUCUGUUUGUUCUGCGGAGAGAUUUUCUGCAGUCAAGCUAGUUGCUGCAUGACAGACCGCAAUAAGGGUGGUUGUUUCCAGCACCGAGAGAACGGCAAUAUUGGCAUAUUUAUCAACAUUCGCAAGUGCAUGGUUCUGUUCCUGCACCACAGCCAUGGUAGCUGGUACCAUGCGCCUUACCUGGAUCGACACGGUGAGGUCGACCCUACGCUGCGUCGUCACCAUCAACUCUUCCUCAAUCAGAAAAGAUACGACAAGCUUCUCAGAGAAGCAUGGCUUAAUCACGGUAUUCCUAGCGUGAUCUCAAGAAGACUCGAAGGCGAUAUGAACACUGGAGGUUGGGAGACACUUUGA